AUGUCUUCACCAUCGCUACCAUUUACACUGCGACUACCGCAUCCAUACCUGACGACUUAUCGUAUACAUGAAGUGGCCCAAUCUCGAGCUCCUACUCGGUACGGCAGCAAACUCCUCAACAUCCGUCACGAACCACGAACUUCUGGCAAGACUCCCACCCAAAAGGAUGGACAGUCUCUCGCGGAGCAGCUACACAGCAACGUAAACUUCACCUACCCCGAGCAAGAACAGAGUGCCAAUGAACUCCCAGCAGAGAACAUCAACUCUUUCUGGGGUCGUGUACGUCGAAGUCCAAAGUCUUCCGUGGUUUGGAACGAAGUUCAGUCGCCCACAGUCGCCCAACUCUGGUUGAUAAUCUACGGCCUGUUAUCAUUGAGGUCAGACUUAGAGUACUUGCGCAUUGAGUUCGUCGGGCUAGGUUGCAAUGCGUUGGCAGAGCAGCUCCAACAAACGGGUCUAGUGGUGCAGCAUCCAACUCCAGAAGGUUCGAAAGAGACGUCCACAAACGAAGUCGUCCUACUUCGAAGUGCUUUUUGGCAGGGAGCAGGCUCUCCAUUCGGACCUCGCCCAGUCUGGGCUCCAGAAACAAAUCAUCUUGCGGGUCGGGAGCUUUGUUCAUACCCCCUGGCACCAGUGGACUAUACUACAACCACCAAGUUUCCCGAGUCACGCGUCCAUGCCUUCCACCCACGCAGACCACAGAAGCCCAAGCCAGGCUCUGUAAUCUACAGCCGAUACAUCCCGCAUCUAGACGAGCAUUUCAGCAUGGUUGCCUUGGACUACAAUGAUGAAGAGCAUCUCGGUCUUUUCAACAAGUGGCAGAAUGAUCCAUUUGUCGCCGCGGGAUGGAACGAGACGGGCACGCUAGAACAGCAUCGUACAUAUCUUCGCAAUCUGCAUGAAGAUCCGCAUGUUCUCACAAUGCUGGCAAGAUUCGAUGAUAUAUUCUUUGCAUACUAUGAGGUCUACUGGGCGAAAGAAGAUCACAUGGGUGUCUUAUGCGAUGCUGGCGAUUUCGAUCGUGGCCGACAUUCACUUGUUGGAAACACUACUUUCCGUGGCAAACAUCGAGUGAGUGCGUGGUGGUCGUCUCUGAUGCACUACAUGUGGCUGGAUGAUCCAAGGACUCAAAUGCUAGUCGGAGAGCCAAAGUCCACAAAUGCGACUGUCUUGUCGUACGAUCUUCUUUGCGGCUUCAAUAUCACGAAACUGAUUGAUCUUGGACAUAAGCGCUCGGCGGCUAUGAAAUGCUCCCGGGAGAGAUUCUUUCAGAUCUGUCCUCUGUCUUUUGAUGGCGAGACUAAUGUGGCCGGUACCAGUAUCAAGCUUUUUGCGAAGUUGUGA